ACGACGCAAAGAUAAACUUGAAAAGAUGCUCAAGUACUGUACUCGAUGCUUUUCGGCACGGUGUCGCUUUUUGCGCUCCAAACCUUUAACUGUCAUCGCGUACCAACCCUUAGUUGACAUCGCGCAACCGGCCAAGUUAUUCUAACUAGCCGAUUAAUUUUUUAUAAGAGUGAUGUAAAAAAAUAUAUUUAUUUUAGUUGUGGUACCGCUAAAAAUUGACAAAAAAAAAUGAUUAUGAGGUGGUGCAUUGUGAUAAUUUUAAUGGGUACCUUCGCCGUUGAGGCUUGCGGACCGGGUCGCGGUGUCGGUCGUCGGAAAAUUGGUAGAAAACUUACCCCUUUAGUUUUUAAACAGCAUGUACCUAAUGUGCCGGAGGUUACGCUAACUGCUAGUGGGGUUGCAGAAGGGAGAAUAGGAAGAAACGAUAGCAGAUUUAAUGAUUUAGUACCGAAUUAUAACGACGACAUUAUUUUCAAGGAUGAAGAAGGUACUGGAGCUGAUAGAUUAAUGACCCAGAGAUGUAAAGAAAAAUUAAACACCCUCGCCAUUUCAGUGAUGAACAUGUGGCCUGGAGUGAAACUUCUCGUGACGGAGGGCUGGGACGAAGAGGGGUAUCACACUCCUGAAUCGUUACAUUACGAGGGCCGGGCCGUCGACAUCACUACCUCCGACAGGGACCGGUCCAAGUAUGGAAUGUUAGCCAGGUUAGCCGUAGAAGCCGGCUUCGACUGGGUAUACUACGAGAGUCGAUCUCACAUACACUGUUCUGUCAAAUUAGAGUCUUCGCAAGGUACCAAAUACGGUGGCUGCUUUCCCGGUGACAGUACAGUCGUCACAUCUACUGGCAAUACCAAAAAACUAUCCGAACUUAGAAUAGGCGAGAAAAUCCUAUCACAAGAUCCAUCUACAAACAAAUUGAUUUUUAGUGAAGUGCUAUUAUUCUUAGACAAUGAUCCCAAUCAAAAACGGGAGUUUUUGAAUUUAACUCUUUCCUCCAACAGAACAUUAGUGAUCACUCCAAAUCACUUGGUGCUAAAAGAAACCGCAGAGGGUGUUCGAACAGUAUUUGCCGAAAGUAUUAUUGUAGGUGAUAAGCUUUUAGUUAGUGUAUCAAACAAUUCGAAUUUAGUUAGUGAUAGUGUGAUAAGUAUAACUGCUGUCUUGAGGACAGGAGUUUAUGCACCCUUAACGGAAGUGGGGACUGUUGUUAUAAAUGACGUAGUGGUUUCGUGCUAUGCCACAGUAGACAGUCAAACAGUGGCACAUUGGGCUUUCUUACCACUCAGGUUGGUGUGGAACUUCAAACAAAGUUUAUGGAAAGCGUGGUCCGUAGUUAGAAAUCCAUUUAGCACAAGAUCUACUGAAAAUCUUGUUCCAAAACAGAUCGGUGUGCAUUGGUACGCAAAAAUUUUAUAUUCUAUGGCCCAUUAUGUAAUUCCUUCACAUUUAAACGAUUAAUUUUGUAUUGAAAUGAGGUUGCAGGCCAGUGAAAAAUGUACAUUGAAUUAUUUAUUGUGUUAAUAUAAAUUCUUUUUGUUAAAUUUUGUCUUGUAAAGUGAAAAAAUGUAAAUAUAUUUGUAUAUUGUGUAUAGUAUAUCUAGCUAUUGAUUUGAUCGACAUUUUUCAAGUGUUACUUAUUAUUUUGAAAAUACAUAAAGUUUUUUUACUCAAGUACCGCGACUAUUUAUUUUGUUGAUGCUUAAUUUGCUACUCCUUCCUCACAGCAAAUUUUAAUAUCACCAAAAGAAAUAUAACUACGAAAUUAAUAUUUAUUACCUUAUUAUAUA